AUGGACCUAGCGAGCCAGGCGAAAGUGGCCAGGGAGCUACGGGUGCGCGUCCGUCGACUCUCAGAGUCGUCUUCGGCAGCUGAAGACCACAAUAGGUCUGCGGCAGACCUCAGCAAGUCUGUCGCGGCCCAGGUGGCGACCUCGAAGUCCGGCAACCUGAAAGGGACUUACGUCAAGGCUCUCAAGCAUGCAGCAAAGGACAUCGCAGAGGCUUUUGAGCAACUGAGCGAGCGCACGACGUCGGACGAGACUCGCCAACUACAGGCGGCAAAUACUCGCCUGCAAGCCGAAAUGGCUGACCUCAGAGAGGAGCUGGCGCGGUUGAGAAAAGAGGUGGAAAGUACAAAGCGGAGAGAGAGCCCCCCACGUGAGACUCUGUCACCGGUACACAUGAUGGACACGGAAAUGCCGGAAACGACGCAAAACACACGACCCUCUACACCUCCUCCAGUGGCAAAGCCACCGCGUGCGAGUCAAUCUGCGACUCAUCUCGCACCAGACUCUCACGACGAGGAAUUCAUCAGGGCAGUGUCUCUCCAGGUGGGUGCGAUCGUAAGCGCACGACUCGCAGGACUGGAAGCCGAGGGUCGGCUGUUGCCAGCCAAACAACUACGGCCGGCACUGGCAGCGGAUAAGAAGAACCAGGCCGCACCGUCGACAGCUUCUUCCGCGGCGAAACCGACUGCCGGUUCUAGAGGGCCAAAAAUCAUUGAUGCCACUAAAAAACCGCAGUCCACUCCAGCUACUGGAGGUAAGAAGAAAACCGCCAGGGCGGCUAAAAAGAACAAGGGUGGGGCUGGGAUCCAGCCACAAAAAGAAACACCGGCGGCCCGCGAGCUACCUCCUGCGCCCACUUCCAUGAAAGAGGGCUGGAACGUGGUGGCGAGCAAGGGAAGCAAAAAGAAGGGAGCUACCCCAUCGCAGCCCAAGGGAAAAGCGAAAGCCUCAAAGCUCAAACCCCCGCGGUCAGCUGCUGUAGUACUGACCUUGCAACCGGGAGCGGCGGAUAGAGGCGUCACCUACAAAGAGGUGAUGUCAGAGGCGAAAAACAAGGUCCAGCUGGCGGAUCUGGAUAUCUCGGGUGGCCUGCGCUUCCGGCGAGCAGCCACCGGAGCCUGCAUCCUAGAAAUUCCUGGUGCAUCCAGCGGGGAUAAAGCUGAUAAGCUGGCAGAAGCUAUCAAGCAGCAGAUUGGCGAGGAAAAUGUGCGAGUAUCCAGGCCCUCCAAAAGUGCCGAGAUCUGCGUCACAGGCCUGGACGAAUCCGUCACCACGGAGGAGGUAGUUGCUGCCGUAGCGCGCACCGAAGGCUGUACCCCCGACUCGAUAAAAGUCGGGGAAACACGGCAGAGUUUCUCGGGACUCGGUGCAGUAUGGGUGCAGUGCCCUGUUGGAGCUGCGCAAAAGGUAGUGUCCGGGGGCCGCCUUCUAGUCGGCUGGGUCUCCGCCCAGGUAAAACUACUGGAGAAAAGACCGCUGCGAUGCUACAGGUGCUUCAGGAACGGGCAUGUUAGCGCGCAGUGUCAGAAUGCUACUGACCGAUCCCAAAGCUGCUUCCAGUGCGGGAAGGACGGUCACAAGGCGGCCCAGUGCAGUGCCCCUGCGCACUGCGCUGAAUGCGCAGCAGCUGGCAAGCCGUCAGAGCAUCGAAUCAGUAGCAAGGCGUGCACUGCGCCCAAGUACAAAAAUAAGAAGACGACAAAAGCUGCCGAAGUCCCCCGGGUCCCCUCGCAGCUGGUCCCACCACAAGCUAUCGAACAGGCUGUGACAGAGGAGGAUCCAACUGAUAUGGUCGUGGGAUAA